CCAGCCCAAAAUGCAACAACACCAGCCCCAAAGUAACGCCAACGAACGCCAAAUGAGCACAAGGACGUGCCAACAAGCCAGGAAAAAUCAAUAAAAACACAGCCGCGAAGCGACAAAGGCCGGAAGUGCAUUUUUCACCUUUAUACGCGUUAAGUAACUCACAGAAAGGAUAAAAGCUAACACUUUUUAGAAAAAAUGGAGUAGUUUUUUAUGCAGAAAUCAUAGAAAAAGGAUAAAAAUGGUGGGUAAGGGUUCCAGUGGAUUGGGUGUGGAUACAGGCACGGGCAGCAAGGAACGCCCUGUUUUUAUUCCCCCACGGAAACGUCAACAAACAAAAUCGGAGGCCAAAAAACAGAAUUAUGUAGAUCACAUAGUGAGCGUCCAGCAAAAUCGACCUAAAUUGUCGCCUUCGAAUCCCGGACUGGAAGAGGAGCUCCGCAAGACAAAGCUGAUUAUCAAGAACAAGCAGCCGCUACCGCAGCUUCCGGGGGAACUUGGAGUUCCCAACGCCCAGGAUACCUUGGCCAGCACCCACUCGGCCAGCUCCACUCAGCACAGCCAGAAAUCCGCUCGCUCGACCAGUAACAUCAACGAGCUGCAAAACUUCGAGUCCAUUUCGCAGGGAACAAAGUCCAACUCCCAAAGGCAUGAGAGCAGCACGGUGACCCCCAGUAGUUGCUGCUACUCGGAGAGCAGCUUGGAUGCCAAGCUAAGCAAGUCGCAGGACUGCCUGAGCAACAGAUCGUCCUCCAAGAAGCGAGUGAACAUACGGACCGCUGACCUGCCCGGGCAGGCACGCAAUCAGCGCUCAUCGCCGGAUAUCGCCAACUAUGAGGACCUUGAAUCGGGGGAGACGAGUGUGCUCAACACCUACGACCAGAGCCUGGAGCGGAACUACCAGGCGCGAAAGGAAGGAUACCUGACCAUGACGGGCACCAUCAAGCGGGGUCGCAAAAAAGGCCAGUCGGUGGACCUCCAGAUCAACAUCAGUCGCGAGGAACUGGAGCAGCUGAAUGCCAAUGCGAUGGCCAGUGAGACGCAUAAGGGCGGCAGCUUGUGUUGCCGCUGUAGCUGCGGAGUGGGACUCCAUAUCCUGCUUAUAUCGCUGCUGUGCCUUCCAUUUGUGACGGUCAUCUCGGGGGUGUACUCCUUCUACAUUGGCACACUUACCUGGUACAACAUGUUCAACUACUACUGCGAGGAGCGUACGUACCUGCACAAGAUCCUGGUGACCCCGCUCCUGUUUGCGGUCUAUCCGCUGGUCAUCGUCCUGUGCACCUUUGGACUGGGCAUCUACUCCGGCAUCCGACAACUGAGCCUGCAGUAUAGCAGUUGGGUGAACGACAUUACGGAUAUCGAGAAGGGAUUCUACGGCUGGUUGUGCGGCUUCCUGCGGAUGCCAGACUGCAGUCCGUAUGAGGUGGUCAUCCUUACCGACAUCUGUGUGGCGCCGCAGGAUCCACAGAAGUUGCACAUCAAUAAACCGCGCCAGGAGCUCUCCAUGUAGGAGGUUUUAUUUGUAUUGCGGGCCCGCAUUUUCGACCAUAAGUGUGAUAUAAAAACUUAAUUACAUUUGCAGUGCAGGAGUGCAGAAUCACUCGACACAUUAAGUUUCCUUUGGCCAAAUUUGUUCCUUUUACAUUGACAUAAACAUAUGUCUGCAAUUGCAGCUUUAGAAACCGGAAAUAUACUAUAUACACGGACAGAUAGAUAUCAAAGUUACAACAUAAUCCAACCUAAAGAGCCUAGAAAUUAAGUUACUAGAAAUCUCAACACUCGCACAGCGUCUAAAACCCAAGGAUAUCUUCGGAGAGUUCAGAGAACCGAUGCCAAUACUGUAACCUUGCAUUUGUUUCAAACUAAUCAAAUUAAUAGAUCCACAAAUGUUGUGUAACAAUGCGAUUGCUCAAUAUUUUCAUAGAUAAUUGCUACUUCAGAUGACAAUUUCCUGUAACUAAUUCUUUUUAAUUUUUUAAUUUUCUGUUUUUUAAUUGGGAGUGAAAUUCUAUGAGCACUUUGAUCUUAUCCCUUCCAUAAACCCCAUACUCAUCCAUUUGAAAAUUGAACCAAUUUGCAAGGUUAUAAACUUAUUGCAGUAACUGUUGUAGUCUGGCACUAGCCCUUCAACUUGAAACUUCGCUUUCCUUUUUAACUCAAAGCCAAAUUUAAAAACAAAUACGAAACAUAUUAAAAAACACAACUGGCAUUUACAGAUUAUGCAUUUAUAUUCAAAUUGAACUAAAAACCAAAAGAACCGCCAACCUAAAUGCGCAGUUGUCGUGAUGGAAACUUUUUCUUAGUUUUAAGCAAACAUUUUUUAUUUCUACGCCAAGAACAAAAAUCCAGCAGCAAAGCCACACAUCUAUAUACAAAAAUAAAUAUAUAUAUAAGCGAAAGUUUUUAAAAUAGAAAUUCUAUAUGUUAAGAAAACUAAGAACCCGAAUAUCAAACACUUAUUGAAUUGAAUAUAUUAGCCAGAGAAAUAAAGCGAAUAAAACCCUCAUAUAGCAAACACAAA